AUCGUUGUGGGAGCAUCGUUAUUGUCUGUCCCUCUCAUACUCGCCGAACUCGCAAAUACUCGACAGUCGACACUCGGGAUUCCUUCAUUGUUGAAUUAUUGUUCCCGCCAUAAUGAAUCGCAAUGCGUUCGGAAAAGCUAUAAUUGAUGGCAAUUGUUUUUAGUCUUUAAUUAUUGAGUUUUGUGUUGUGAUUGUUACGGAUACUGGACCUGUUAGGAAGCGGUGAAAUCAUCAAAGCGGCCGAGAUCAAACAGCCAGAUCGAGAGUAGCUAUUAAACGCUAAUUUAAUAAUAAACACAAACAUGUACGAGUUGACACACUAAAACACACAGAUACACACAUGAGUGAUACACAAGACACAGCACAAGACACGAACGAACACACAGAUAUGCAAACCGUCCUCGCUAAUUACGGGCCCGCUGAUAUCAUAGCACAGACGGAUAUUGAUGUCAACUAUCCUAAUGAAUACACGGAGUAUCAACGUAGUGAAGACGCGUGCAGUGGUGAUGAUAAAAUAAAUGUUGAUGAUGGUGAUUUAGAAAACGAUGAUAAACUAGAAGAUAGCAUUGAUGUUGUUAACGAAGUCGAUGAUUCCAUAGAAUCUGAUUUUGGUAACUGCAGAAGUGAAAACGCUUUCGAAUUAUCUUGGCAUCCACAUGUUUAUGGUAAACCACCGAAAAUGCCAACACCACAUACAAUAGAGCACAUAUUAGGAUUGAAUAGGAUAAAGGAGGAUUCUAAAAAGGCAGUAAGCCAGUUAAUGAGUGUUAAGAGAAACUUCGAGAAAUUUUCGGAGAAAAGUGAAGUUCAGAGGGAUUUGGAAAGAAAAGCGCACAAGAACAGGCUUCAGGAGCAGAUACUUCAGCGAGGUGUUAGGAAUAGUGAGAGUGAAGUGCAAUAUGGACAUAAAUCUGAUGAGCCGUUGAACUUGUCCGUGCCGAAAACGAAAGAUGGUUGGAGUGGGGAAGAAGAUAAGUUUAGAGAUGUCCCGAAAACAAUAAAACGCAAGAAGUCGACUGAUGACGUUCGCUCCCCCCUUGGGGGUGAGGGAUCCAUGACGAGUGAGGAGGGUGAGGACUCUGCGGUCGGCAGGCGGAAGAAGGCCAGGACGACGUUCACCGGUCGGCAGAUCUUUGAGCUGGAGAAGCUGUUCGAAGUGAAGAAGUACUUAUCGUCUGGAGAGAGAGCUGAUAUGGCGAAGCUCCUUAAUGUAACCGAGACUCAGGUAAAAAUCUGGUUCCAAAAUCGUCGAACGAAAUGGAAGAAAAAGGAUAACAUCACAAACGCAGAAGUGGCUGAGAUGAAGCUGCAGAACAAACCGGGCCCAGAAGAGAAGAAAGAAGAAAGCAAAGACGAUCCACUUGCUCUAGACAUGUCGAGGAAAAACUGCAAUAAGAUACUGAGCGAGAAAUUAAAGACAAAACCAGUGCAGAAUGUAAUACCAAAACCAAGGAGAGUAGAGAAGGGAAUUGUUUUAGAAACAAUAUGUGAUUCUAAUGAUAUUGAAAGUAGAAUAUCAAUUACUAAGAUUACGAACAAAUUAUCGAGUACUGACUUGUCUGAAACUGUAUCUGUUAAGAGCUUUAGUCCAGAAGACAUGAACGAGCUUAAACUUGACUCAUUUAGUAGAGAUGUUGAAUUGUAGGUUAUACAUGUAAUGUCUGAGGCAGUAUACGAUUAGAUAGAUAAUUCACGGAAUGUUAAUGUGGAAAAUGUGUGAAUUUAAUUUAAUUUAUUUUUUGUAGUAUUUUCCAUUGAUGGUAUUCUGGGGAGUACAGAUGGAAAUUAUUAAAACAUGAUUGAUGAUAAGGAGGUAGGUUUUGGCAAAUUCGUAGAUGAUUACUUAAAAUAGUAAGUGAAUCAUUAUCAUUUAGUUUAUUAUUAAACAUCAGCAUAUUCAAACAUUUGUAGUUUCAUCUUUAAUAGUUAACAAACUAUUUUUAUAACCUAAAUGUAUGGGUGGGAUGGGGCGAAUGUAAUUUCGUAAGAAUGUAAAUAUAUGUAUACUUUUCAUUCUUACGAAUAUAAAGUUAAAAUAUUCAUAUAUAAAGUUCAAAUAUGGUAAAGCAGCAUCUUAUAAGUUGGUAGCAUUUCGAUCUGGUCAAGAUCGCCGGAAUAGGUUGGAUGAGGACAGCGGAGAAACGAUCGUCGUGGGGAGGCCUUUGUCCAGCAGUGGACGUCUUCCGGCUGAUGAUGAUGAUGAAAAUACUUGUCCCAAUCACUGUGACAAGUUUCAAGUUUAUUGUUUACUUUGCCAAUCCGUGUUACAGCUUCUCUCCCAGAUCAGCUCUGUGAAGCUAAUAUUGUCUUUUAGAGGGCUAGGCUUUCAUGAAUUCAGAUCGAAUUUCAUAUCCCAGAUUCUAGAUCAUUUAGUAUGGAGCACAUUCAUCCGGACAGAAUCUGCUUUUGAGAGAAUUUUUAUUGAGCCUUUUAUUGAACUGUUUUUCUAUUUAUAGAGAGCACCUUCACAGAGUCAUUAUUAUUAAAGCCAACCAUCUGAUACCGAAUCGUACAUUAAUUUUGGUACAAAAAAAAUAUUAAUUUAUUAUCCCUAUAGUGGGGGAAAACAUUUAAAAAUAAAUCAAUGUAAAGCCAAAUAUUUGGAAAGCACAAUAUGUUUUUUCCUCGCCUAGUAGUAGAUAUAAUUAUUUUUAAUGGCACGUCACUCUAUGUACUGCAUGAUAACCGAUGUCAACAGGCAUGGUUUAUGACUUUGUAACAAGCUAUGUUUCACACUCGCGAUAUGUAUGUCACUUUGUGUUAAUGUCACGCACACUCGCUCAAAAAAUAAACUUAUAGGCAGUUAAUAAGACACGGAUACUUGUAUUGUGAAUUGGAUAACACCGCUCAAGAUAAUUUAUUUUGAGAUACCCUCAGUUUCUUU